ACUUUUAUCAAGACACUUUUGAUAACAAUAUGACCACAGCUAUUGCUACUACAAGCAAUGAUAUGAAUAUCGCAUCUAAUAUUUCUGAUAACUCUGUUACUUUAAAUAAAAAAUCUAGAUCUCAACCUUCUUUUGUUAAACUAUUUUUUUUCUCAAAAAACUCUUGA